AAAUAAUGCCAGAAAAAAGUCCGAUCGCUGAAUUUGAAUAUAUAGUAUAUAUAUAUGGAAACCAAACACCCUUAUCAGGCCCGCUGUGAACCUGAUCGGCGACCUUGGGCAGGAGGAGGAGAUAUCAAAGUGCCAGGUACACAGAAUGGCUUCCAUUAAACACUCGUGUGUCCUCCAUACAGAUGUGGAAAAUCCGCGACGCGACAACUAUGUAGACUCUCAAAGUCCGAAGAUUGGUUAUGCAUUCGGGCAUUAAGGUGUUUGUUUGCUUCACUUUCGGUUUUUAAUCUAAGGUCUAUACUAUGUGUAGGUGUGAGAUUAUUAUUACCGAGCAUAAGUUUCUUUCUGCGGCCGCGGGGUUCAUAGUAGAACCCCUUAUCAGCAGCAGUAAUGGGAUUGAAUACCAGGCCAAAGUCCGGCUGGGACCACAAAUGUGCCUGGAGAUCAGCCUGGGGAUCUGCUUGGGGACCUGCAAUGCAUCGAUCGUGCUCCCCCCGAACUGACCAUACUGAUCUUCGGCUCCGACCGGAGAUUUCCCGGCUCUCUUGGCAACGGGCGCCACCUCCGCCUCGCUGGAACCUUCAAGCGGCGACGAUGAUUUAUACCCGAUCGCCGAAAAUCUCAGACGAACGGAGGAGAGCGGAUCAUCCCGAGAGUUGGCGACAAUAAACAUCACGUUCGCCAACACAUUGUUCGGCUGAUCAGCCAAUUUAUAUGGCUACACUGAGAGAGAGGGUUCCAUCAUCUGGAUGAUGGCGACAGUAUUUUAUAAUCGCAGCGAGUUGAGUAAUAUUUAUUUGAACGGUGUUACAUAGUUACUAAUCCAGUUCAAUCAACAAUAUAAUAGUGUCGGCAAGUAGUACUUUAAACUUAGAUAGGUUUUUAUGACAUAUGAUAUUGUUUCGUCUAUGGAACUUUGCUUAUAAACCAAAAAUUCCAAAUUCUAGCGCCUGGCAACUAGCAAAUCCAUUGUGAUAAGCCCAUCAGCAUAGACAAAAAGAAACUGACCUACCAGAAAUGAACACAUUACUAUUAAGGUCACUAUUUUGAAAUGGGCAGACUUUAAACUUAAGGUUUUCGUGGUGUCUGAAUCUGAUAGUACUAUUUAUAAGACUUUCGAAGGAGUACCUGUUGUCGAAGUCUAUUUCCAGUGGCCAUAAAAGUAGUGCAAUUAACUAAUCAGUGCGAUAAGGUAGCCAACAAUUAGACCCAAAAUUUGCGUGAGUUUUUCUGGCAGUGCACAAGGUAUAGACAGGGAUUGGCCGAUCCCAGCGCCGAUGGACAUGUGUGUCUGGGUUGGGUUAUCAACGGUCGCGGCUGCAUCCCAUAGGUUUAAAGUAUAGCUCCUAUUUAAAACGCGAUUUAGUCACAGUUCGGAUUUUGCCAGCAGCAGCACGGCAGCUAUAAUCGGAGAUUACACGGCGAAGAUAAUACGGAAUACGCGAGUGAGCGAGUGAAGAUGUCCCAGACCCUGGACGAUCUGCUGUUGCGCCAGGAGCACGCCCGGCAACUGCGCCAGGCCACGCGCUCCAAGUUCCGGCGCAUCAACUCGCUGGAUCUAAUACCGGAGCACCCCAGUCAAUCGGAGGAGGAGGAGGACAAGGAAUCCCAGACGGCCCACAAGCACUUUGUCACCCUGAGACGACAGCGGACGGCUGAUGGCAAUCUGCUGAGGCAUCAGUUUCAGACGCAGUCGCCGCCACAACCCAAUCUGGGCACCCGAGUCCUGCUCUUCGGACCACAACUGCUGAUGCGUCUGGUGCUGACCAUCCUGAGAUAUGUCCUCUACAUACCACUGUCCAUUGCGGCGCCCAGCUUUUGGUUGUCCGCCCUGCUCUGGAUCUUUUGGAAACUGCUGCGGGUGCCCAUUGCGUUGGUCAAGUGGCUACUGAGCGGCGAGGAGGAGCUGGGUACAGUGCAGCGACAGAAGACCAUACUCCUCAGCUGCGGCAGCACCAUACAGACCCUACAUCUGGCCAGGAAUUUCUACGGAUCCGGCGCCCGUGUGGUGGUCUUUGAAUUCGAGGGAUUGUUCGGAUUGGCCAGGUUUUCCACAGCGGUGGACAAAUUCUAUGUGGUGCCACGGCCAACGGCCAGCAAUCCGGAUCAGUACAUAGCCGCCUUGUGCCACAUAGUGAAGAAGGAACGACCCUCUGUCUAUAUACCCGUUUGUGCCACCAGUCCGGCAUACUAUGAUUCCCUGGCCCGACCCCAUCUGGAGGUCCUCGGCUGUGCCAGUUUCAUACCCGGAGUGCAGGAGACACUGCAGCUGGAUGACUGCCUCCAGCUCUUUCAGAGAUGCGAGCAGCAACAGAUGGCUCUGCCAGCCCAUGUGGUGCUGACUGCUCCACGGCAAUUGCAGCAGAUCUACGAGAGCGGUUUCGUGGGCAGCUAUAGGAACAUACUCAUGGCCGCAGGGAUGCAGGGAGUGCUGGAGCGGCACAAGUACAUACUGCCCAAUAGGCGGGCGGAACUAAAGCUAAAUCAGCACGAGAUCAGCGAGCGGCAGCCGUGGCUGGUCGUGAGGGAUCAGCCGGGCUAUCACCACUAUGUGACCUGCACCACCGUCAAGGAUUCGCGGGUGGUGGCCAAUGUGAGUUGUCGUGUGGAGCAUCAUACCAAGAAUCUGAUCCCAGUGCCCAGGGACGAUGAGGCGCAGAUAGAACUCUGGUUGCGUUCCUUCUUCGCCAAGGUGCGCUUCCAGAGGCCCAUCAAUGGGCAUAUAAGCUUCCGCCUGGUCAAGAGCCCCGCCCAUGGUGGUCAGUUCGUGCCCCUGGGCACGCGACUGGGCGUGGCCCUGCCCUACAUAUGCCACAAUCGAUCGCAUGCCCAGUUGCUGUGCCGUGCGAUGAAGUGCAUCCACAGGCGGGGACUGCCCGAGGACGAACUGCCCAACUGGAGCUGGUCGGCGCUGGAGAGAAGCACCUCGACCACGGCGCUGGACAAGCGGGAGGCAUUGUUCGCCUACUGGGAUCCACUGCCCUAUUGCGCCUACUAUCAUUUCCAGCUGCCGCUGGAGAACGUGAAGCUGUUUUUGCAGCGCCGGAAUCGCAGCGCGACCAAAAGCUUAUCGCCACGCAUCACGGUGCCGGUUCAUUGAACGGAGCGGCCGGAGCUGGAGCCACUGCAUCGGCUUUAAGCAUCGAACAGCAGCAUCUAGCCUCUGGCAUCCAGCAUCAGGCGUUUCUUUAGCGAGAGAGAUUACACAGACUGAUCAAUAAUGGAAUAUAUAGAAAUCUAUAUAGCAUAUAUAUGUACAUAUAUAUAUAUAUAUAUAUAUUUGCAUUCUAUACUAUUUCUUUUUUUUUUGUUUACGCCAUUGGGGUUCAACAUCCAUCUAAGAAGAUUAGGCCGUUAAAAAACAAACGUGUACCGCUCACACACACACACCACACACACACAUGCACGAAUAUAGCUAUUAUACCACAAUAUAUUGUACAAUAAAUAAUAUUUAUAUUUUAA